GAGCAGCUAAACCGAAGGACAACGCUUUUAGCUAGAAGCGGAAGUUCACGGUUAAAGAGGAGCUACAGACAGAAAGAACAGAGGAGACAGAGAUGUUUACGGUGGAGAUGAUCUGAAUAAAGCUGAUAAAGAUGGGUGACCUCCAGUAAGACCGUCAUCCAGACGUGGCGCCAUGACGACCAGCCGCUGCACGUUGUUUCCAGAAGUUGUACCGAACCAGAAUCUGUCAGCUCAUGUCUCCUUCAGGUCCGAGCCGCUCUCUGAGUCCAGGUUUGUGUUCUCUGAUGACCCGCCUCUGCCUGGUAAAACCAUGGAGGAGGACGGCGAGCAGACACAGGGUUACAAACCCUCGGAUCCUCAGAUGACGUCUGCAAACGCUAAACUGUGCUCCAUGUCAGAGUCGUCCAUGUGUCGGAUCUGUCACGACGGCGGGACUCAGGAGGAGCUGCUGUCCCCCUGCGAGUGUUCUGGCUCCCUCUCCUCCGUCCAUCGUAGCUGCCUGGAGCGCUGGCUGUCAGCUUCAGGGACCAGUAUCUGUGAGCUCUGUCAGUACCAGUUCACCGUGAAGAGGAGGUCCAGGUCUCUGCUGGAGUGGUUACAGAACCGAUCUCUGCGUCAGGAGAAGAGGACGCUGUUCGGAGACUUGGUCUGUUUCCUCCUCAUCACUCCUCUGGCCUCCGUCUCUGGCUGGCUCUGCCUCCGAGGAGCCAUCGACCAUCUUCACUUCUCCAGCCGCCUGGAGGCCGUGGGGCUCAUCGCUCUGACGGUGGCGCUCUUCACCAUCUACCUCUUCUGGACCUUGGUGUCUCUCAGGUAUCACUGUCGUCUGUACAACGAGUGGAGAACGUCCAAUCAGAGGGUGAUCGUCGUGUUGCCCCACCCACACAGCCAGGUGUCGGGGCUUCACUCCUUACAGUCCUCACAGAGCGGGAAGACGCCGUCCAAAGAGUCCAUCGUCUGAGUCCUAGACUAGUUCUCAAAUGGCGUUUUUACCAAGGUGUCUGAUGAAGUUUGGAAGGGAAAUAUUGUGUCAGGAAAGGUGCCAGAAUCACAACCAUGCCGUCCUAGCUUUUUUGGCAUCUUUCCACUGGAUACCCAGUAUCCCUACUGGUGCAUUUCCACCAGGCAGUUUGGUUUAGUUUGGUAAACCCUGAUCUUGUUUGCUUGGUAAAAAGGGGGACAGGAUGGAUCAGUUAUUUUAGUACCAGUACUUUAGGUAUCAUUCUAAACUGGACUUCUUUGUGGAAAUGAACCAGUCCAGACUUAAAGGAUGGAGCUGGGUAGACCGCCAGUUCAUAACCAAGUAACGGUCCUGUCAACUGAGGAAACACAGGCCAGAUCUGGGUUUACCGUACCAAAGGGUUCUGAGCUAAACCAGACUAACUGGUGGAAAAGAGUCCAAAAUAGCCCACCGUCUGAGUCUGAGUCCAUAACCAGGCCUCAUCAUGGAGGAUGGACUCUGUCACCUCUUGGAUCUGUCUGCACUUUAAGCUCCGCCCCUCUGACUGUUACCAGUUGAGCUAAACGGACCCAGAGACGAGCAGCAUUAAUGGGGCUUCUUCACUGUGUGUUGCUGGCUUGAUUCUCCUCCAUGUUCUCCAUCGUUUUUAUUUUGGACAUCGCCCCGUCUGUUAAAGAAAAACUAUCAAAGAAUCCAACGGGAUGGAAAACAAAGCACCUAGUGCCAAAACUGAGUAGAGCCGAGCCGGGACCACGUAUGGAAAAGCCCCAAUAAAGGACUAACUCCUGUGGUCAGGAUGGGGCGACUGUCUUAGGUCAGGAUGGGGCGACUGUCUUAGGUCAGGAUGGGGCGACUGUCUUAGGUCAGGAUGGGAUGACUGUCGUAGGUCAGGAUGGGGCGACUGUCUUAGGUCAGGAUGGGGCGACUGUUGUAGGUCAGGAUGGGACGACUGUCGUAGGUCAGGAUGGGACGACUGUCGUAGGUCAGGAUGGGACGACUGUCUUAGGUCAGGAUGGGACAACUGUCGUAGGUCAGGAUGGGGCGACUGUCGUAGGUCAGGAUGGGGCGACUGUCUUAGGUCAGGAUGGGGCGACUGUCUUAGGUCAGGAUGGGGCGACUGUGGUAGGUCAGGAUGGGGCGACUGUGGUAGGUCAGGAUGGGGCGACUGUGGUAGGUCAGGAUGGGGCUACUGUCGUAGGUCAGGAUGGGGCGACUGUCGUAGGUCAGGAUGGGGCGACUGUCUUAGGUCAGGAUGGGGCGACUGUGGUAGGUCAGGAUGGGGCGACUGUCUUAGGUCACAAUGGGGCGACUGUGGUAGGUCAGGAUGGGGUGACUGUCUUAGGUCAGGAUGGGAUGACUGUCGUAGGUCAGGAUGGGGCGACUGUCUUAGGUCAGGAUGGGGCGACUGUGGUAGGUCAGGAUGGGGCGACUGUCUUAGGUCACAAUGGGGCGACUGUGGUAGGUCAGGAUGGGGCGACUGUGGUAGGUCAGGAUGGGGCGACUGUCUUAGGUCAGGAUGGGGCGACUGUGGUAGGUCAGGAUGGGGCGACUGUGGUAGGUCAGGAUGGGACGACUGUCGACCAAUCAGAAAGGAUAAAUGCUGUGAUUGAAACAUGAAGUGACGGCAGAACGUCACUGAUGUCAAACGUUCCUCUGAAGUUUUUUCUACGUGAAGAAAAGUUCUGUAUCCGGUGUGACCAGAGAAAGUCUUCUCGUUUUAAAGGACAUGUCUGGAGUUUUAAGAUAUUUAAGAAUCAGAGUAAAUAACAACAGAAGUGUCUAAUGUCAGUAGUGAAUGAGUGGAUCCUGCAGCAGGAGAACAGGCUGUCCCGUCUGCAGGGAGCAGCUCCUAAAUGUCUUCUAGUUGAAAUUCUAACAGACAUAAUGGCCUCUGAACUGGUUAGCCUUUGUUUUUAGCUCCCUCCGUGCUACGCUCCGCCCGUCUGGAGAGCCGAGGGCAGCGAUGUUGUUAAAACUUGUGCAAACUGAAGACAGCAGUGGGCUGAGAUGACAAGAUCCACUUAAAAUAGUGAAGUAGGCUGUUGCCGUGACAUCCAGUCUGGCUAUUUGAGUCUGGAUCAGACCAUGAUCCAGUACCAGGGCUGGAUCAGCAGAUCUGUACCAGUACCCAGUAGAAGCUGUGGUGUUGUGGAGGACUUCUCUGUAGUCUAACAGCUGUUUGCUGUAGAUGUGAUACAUCUCUAUCAGGGAUCAUGUAGCAGAGAUUUCAGCCUCUCUGACGGCUGCAGGGUAGCUAACAGACCAGAGACUGAUAAACCUGUUCAUCUUUAAAACUCCUGAAUAUAACCCACAUGUGCUAAUGUGGAUGUGAAAACAACUGAAUUAUUGUUAAAAGCAUCAAACAGAAGAGACUGAGGAUGUGAAGUUUUCUGUCUGAUUCUGAGGCUCGUGUUUUUCUGCUCGCCGUAUCGUCCUGCUCUGUUUCACGUCUGACAGAUUAAAGUCUGUUCAGAGGUCCGUGGACCGUUUCAGCACUUUCCAUUGAUUUAUGAUAAAGUAUUUGAUAGGAACAUUUAUACCAAAGAGUAUUUUAUUAAAGCUUUAUGUUGUUUCAUGUGAUGAUGGUCUAAUAAAGUUCAGUGUUUAAAAUCA